CACAAGUUGACUCCUACCCAUCAAUACCACUGUCACUAUGUACAGUUGAUAUACAUGCAGUACAUUCAAAAUUCAAAAAACUUAUGAAGACUAUAUAUGGAAUGUGUUAUGAAUACUGUUAGUAUUGCAUAACCAUACCAGUGCGUUUAGAUGCACUUGUAGUGCGUUUAGACGCACUGUGUCUACAUGCAAGUAUUUAGAUAAGCUACCCACUAGUGUUGAUUGAGAGAUCAGACUAGAGGGAGUACAAGAUAAGAGAAGAGAAGACUACUAACAGUCAGUAUAAGCCAUACUUCAUUAAAGAAAGUUAUGGCAGAGGAAGAUAGCAGAGAAAUUGAAACGGAAGAAACAUCAGAAAGUGGACAAAAUAAUGAAAGAAAUAUUACUGCAAGUGAAAUGGAAAGAGAAAUAACUGAAAUGAAAAAAAAUUGGGAGAAAACAUCAGAAUAUAUCAAACAAAUGGAAAAAGUUGAAGAGGAAAUGGAUUAUGAGUUCAAGAAAAUAAUGGCAGAGAUGGAAAGCAUACAAAAAGCAAUAAAAAAGCUAGAUAGAGAUCAAGAAAAUAAAAAAGAAAGGUUUAAAAUAUUAAAAGAAAAAGUAGGAGAAGCAAAGGAGUUAAAAGAAAAGGCUUGUAACACAAUACAAAAAUUACAAAAAAAUCCAUCAUCAGUAAAAGAGGCUGAAGUAAAAGAAAUACUAGACGAAACAAAAUUAUUUCAAAGAGACUGGAGACAACAAUGGGAUGAAUAUUACAUGAAGAUAGCCUGUUUAGCUGCUUUAAGAAGCAAAGAUCCCAGGACACCAGUUGGUGUUUGUAUUGCUGAUACUGAAUCUUAUCAAAUUGUUGGGAUUGGAUAUAACUCAAUGCCUUGUGUCAAAGGAAGAAGUAACAAUGACAAAAUAUUCCCAUGGAAAGGAUUAUCAGAGAAUGCAAGCAAAGAAGAGAAAAACAACAAAGACAAAAAUACAGAACUCAAAUAUCCUUUUGCUGUUCAUGCAGCAGUCAAUGCUAUUACAAACAGGACCAGAGAUAAACUUGAUGGUUGCACAAUAUAUGUAACACUAAAACCUGAUGAAGACUGUGCUCGUGCAAUACAACAAGCCGGAAUAAAAGAAGUAGUUUACUGUAUAUACAAAAGAACACAGGAAAGAGAAACAAGAAAUACCGGUAUGAUGACAGCAGAGGCAUUUUUAAAAAGCAACAACAUCGAACUAAAAAACCUGGGAGAGUCAGCUUCAGAUAAAUUUACUGGAAAUGAAGUGGUUAAAGGACUUCAAAGCAGAAUACAUGAGCCACAGCCUAAUGAUGAUGAGCCAUACAAAAAUGCUCUCACAUGGGAAGAUUUCUUCAUGGAAAUAGCAAAACUGUCAAGAGAAAGGCCGGGACUAUUUGACACAGCAGGAUUAAGACUAAGAACAGGAGCAUGCAUAGUGUCACCAAGCAACCAAGUAAUGGCAGUUGGAUACAGUGGAUACCCUGAAGAUAUGGAACUUGGAGAGAUCAUUGAAUAUGAUAAAGAAUAUAUUGCCCAUGCUGAAUACAAGGCAAUAAUAGGAGGACCAUCAGUUAGAGGAUGUACACUAUAUGUCACUUCAUAUCCAUGCAAUGUGUGUGCUAAACUUAUAGCACAAUCUGGGAUCAGUGAAAUAGUGUAUGGUAAACCUCAUAUAGAUCCAGGUGCUAAAAAAAUACUAAAAGAGUGUCUUGACGGUAAAAGCAAAAUAAGGCCAAAAGCAAUAUAAGGUUACCAAAAGUUUUAAAUUGAGUAACAAUGCUACCUAAUAAUAGGACCUGAUUGACUGAUCUUAAUAAAAGUAAUAUUACAAUUUAGGUUUUAUAGACAUUUUAUAGAAGUGAUUGUUCAAUUUUUUAUUAUAGUGAUAUAGUAAUUAUA